ACUGCAGCAAGAUAAUCGAAAUCAAGUUCUUCGAUAUCACUAACCAGUAUUUUUAGUCGAACCGGAAUCAGUGCGAGUUGAGGUGUGACCCCAAAUGGUAACACAAUGGCCAAUCUACCUACCUUGUACGAAUACUACACUGGGAACGGCAUCACUCAAGGCUUAUCGGUCGAUCAGCCUUACUACACCCUCAACCACAAGAAUUUCUCCCUCUACGGUGGGUCCCUGCACUAUUUCAGGGUGCCCCCGGAAUACUGGAGGCUCCGGAUGAGGCAAAUGAGGGCUGCUGGACUGAAUACUCUGGAUACCUACGUGCCUUGGAAUCUACAUGAACCCCAACCAGGGAUGUACGACUUUGGAGAAGGAGGUACAGACAUGGAAAAAUUCCUGAACAUCGAGAAAUUCCUGAGGACCGCCCAAGAAGAAGACUUGUUCGUGAUGUUGCGUCCAGGUCCAUUCAUAUGCGCUGAAUUCGAAUUUGGUGGCCUACCCAGCUGGUUGCUGCGAGAGGAAGGCAUCAAAAUCAGAACCUCCGACGAGAAAUUCAUGUCGCACGUACGAAGAUACUUCCAUGUGCUCCUCACCCUGAUAACCUCCCUCCAAUUCACGCGGGGAGGUCCAAUAAUAGCCAUCCAGGUCGAAAACGAGUAUGGCAGCACCGAAAACCCGAAGAGCAAACCACCUUCGGUUCCCGACAAGAGAUACUUGAUGGAGCUUGUGCAGCUGAUGCUGGAUCAUCAAAUAAAAGAGCUGCUCUUGACUUCAGACUCCCCUUUAGCUCACGGCGACAUUGGUUCUCUGCAUACACUCUUCCAAACUGCGAAUUUCAACCAAGACGUGAAAGAACAGUUUCAAGCUUUGAAGAAACUGCAACCAAAUAAACCAUUUCAGGUAACUGAAUAUUGGUCCGGAUGGUUCAGUCACUGGUCAGAGAAUUCAUACGUCGGGAAUGCCUCUCAAUUUUCGGAGCUUUAUGAAGAAAUCUUGAGAUAUCCAGCAUCUGUGACUCUGUAUAUGUUUCAUGGUGGCACGAAUUGGGGGUUCUUGAACGGAGCAAAUCUAGCAACUUUACCUCCCGGUACCCAAGCAACUUACGAACCGGAUAUAACCAGCUAUGACUAUGAUGCACCUUUGAUGGAAUCUGGAGAUUACAACCAAAAAUAUUUCGUGGUAAAGGAUCUACUAGAAAAAUAUAAUGCAGUAAAGACCAAACUGCCAGAUAUGCCGGUACUACCAAAACGAGAAGCGUACGGUUCUUUAGCAAUAACUAAAUAUUUGUCUUACGAUGAUAUAAUGAAGCAACUGCCACAUAAACUGGAAAGUCAGCAAUUGCUGUCCAUGGAAAACUUGUCUAUCAAUAAUAACACUGGACAGCAAUUUGGAUACAUAGUUUACCGUAAAACACUGGUACACAUCAAACAAGUAUCAGUUCUGAAAAUAAACGGUUAUGUUACUGACACUGUCAAUAUUUACAUCAACAGCAAAUUGAUCACUGAAAAUAUUGCCGAUUUGAAUGGUUUUGGUUACUGGAGGCAACGAGAUAGCUACAUAGUUUUGAAUACAACAAUAGAAGAUGCUACUAUUGACCUAGUGGUUUGCAAUAUGGGGAGAAACAACUUUGGGUCCUUAGAUCAGUUCCUUCAGUUUAAGGGACUGUGGCAAAGUGUGACACUUGAUGGUGAAGAACUAAUAGACUGGGAAAUCUUUCCUAUGGAAUUCAAGAAGUCGUGGAUACAAAGUUUGAAUGGUUGGCGCGAUAACAAUGGUCCACCCAAUGUAACGGGUUUUGGGUUGUAUAAAGCAGAAAUUGAGCUGGAAGAUCUUCAUGAUACUUUUAUAGACAUGAGUAUGUGGAAUAAAGGUAUCGUUAUUAUCAAUGGAUUUGUGCUAGGGAGAUAUUGGAGAAUCGGUCCGCAGCUGAGUCUAUAUUUGCCAGGACCACUAUUGAAACUUGGUAGGAACGAUAUCAUCGUAUUCGAAGAAUUCUUUCCGAAGGCAGAAAUUAGUUUUGCUAGUGAUCCAGUAGUCAAAUCAAAGUGAUAAAUACUGUUUAUGAAGAUAAUCAUCUGAAUGAUAAUUAUAGUAUUUACAAAAUGAGAAGAAUUAUUUCAGCAAUCACACCUUUUUCCCUUCUGUUAGAUGAAACUGAUCCUGAACUGGAAAAGAAAAAAUACUGAAACAUUAUACAGAUCAGACACUUUCACUGAAAUAAAUUCGUUUAUGGGGAGGUGAAUCAUUUUUCUGAAAAUUCGCGAGACACGACAACGUUUUAAUGUAUAAUUUAUCUACAUUUUGUGAAUAUAGCCCAUCAUGGGUAGUUGAAAUCAGCUCCGACAUGUUUUUGUCAAAUGCAAGCCUAUGGUUUGUGACCCCUGAUUGGUAUGCUGCUUGAAAAAGGAAUCCAGCGUACUGAUGAUAAUAAUAAUAAUAGUAAUAAUAUUUA